CAUCUUUGUGGAAGGCCUAUAUUCAGAGCAAAGAGGAAGUAGAAGCCCAACUCAAACAGGCAGAUAAAGAGAGAUCAAAGAGAUGAGCGUGAGAUACAGUCCCCUCGUGCCCAAGGAGGCGGGGUGAUUACAGACACGGAAAAGCUGAGAAUAAUCACCUCUGAUAAAGACCACAGAAGCUGCCCGGGAGGUGUUUGGUAAGUUUGGAGUUACGUCUGUGGGGUGGAUGGGCAGAAGUCAGAUUUCAUAGCACUGAGGACGCAGCACAAGGAGAAGUUCAAGAUCAAUUCCUAAGACAACAACUUGGCACUAAAAAACGUGAACUAUGUUCUGAAGGCUUUACCCUGGGGACAAGGGAACGGAGGCGAUAACAGCAGAAGUGGCAGCCGCUGACGAUCCUUUCUUUCCAUGGUUUGGCUUCUACUCCAGAGCCACUUAUUUGUGCAUUCUACAAAAAGUUUCUUGUCCUUUUUGGAAUAAAGCUCUUAUCCUAAGCUCCAUUCACACCUGCGUGAUAAUGAACCAGCUAGUGCUGUACUCAGGAAGCAUGCAAAGUUCUGAAUCUUAGAACAGAAAGUGAAAGCAAAAAUAAAUUCCCCUUCAGUUAAAUCUGCAGCAGCAUGAUUUAAGUACCUGUUAUCUGCAUUAAUAUUGCAAAUUGAAAAAUUGAAGUAAUUGUUUGGAUGAUUAAUGCUGCAGAACUUGUUAAGGAUUAUAAAAAGAAGCAGCAGCAGAGAAAACCUUCAUGGUUUGAGUUGGAGCAGUAAGGAAAUGAAAUUCAUAUAUUGAAAAUAUUGUUCAGACGCCGUGUGACAUAACUGGAGCCAGUGCAGUGCUAUGAAGUACUACGAGAUUAGCCUGGAUAUUAACUUGUCUUCUAGAGAAUAGAUUUCAUGUUCCGUUCUUCUGCAAUGGUUAAUUCACACAGAAAACCAAUGUCUAAUAUUCACAAAGGAUUUUACUGCUUAGCAGCCAUCUUGCCCCAAAUAUGCAUUUGUUCUCAGUUCUCAGUGCCAUCUAGUUAUCACUUCACUGAGGAUCCUGGGGCUUUCCCAGUAGCCACCAAUGGGGAACGAUUUCCUUGGCAGGAGCUAAGGCUCCCCAAUGUGGUCAUUCCCCUCCAUUAUGACCUCUUUGUCCACCCCAAUCUCACCUCUCUGGACUUUGUUGCAUCUGAGAAGAUCGAGGUCUUGGUCAGCAAUGCUACCCAGUUUAUCAUCUUGCACAGCAAAGAUCUUGAAAUCACGAAUGCCACUCUUCAGUCAGAGGAGGAUUCAAGAUAUAUGAAACCUGGAAAAGAGCUGAAAGUUUUGAGUUACCCUGCUCAUCAACAAAUUGCACUGCUGGUUCCAGAGAAACUUACGCCUCACCUGAAAUACUAUGUGGCUAUUGACUUCCAAGCCAAGUUAGCUGAUGGCUUUGAAGGGUUUUAUAAAAGUACAUACAGAACUCUUGGUGGUGAAACAAGAAUACUUGCAGUAACAGAUUUUGAGCCAACCCAGGCACGCAUGGCUUUCCCUUGCUUUGAUGAACCAUCGUUCAAAGCCAACUUUUCAAUCAAGAUACGAAGAGAGAGCGGGCAUAUUGCACUAUCCAACAUGCCAAAGGUUAAGACAACUGAACUUGAAGGAGGUCUUUUGGAAGAUCACUUUGAAACUACUGUAAAAAUGAGUACAUACCUUGUAGCCUACAUAGUUUGUGAUUUCCACUCUGUGAGUGGCGUCACCUCAUCAGGGGUCAAGGUGUCCAUCUAUGCAUCCCCAGACAAACGGAAUCAAACACAUUAUGCUUUGCAGGCAUCACUGAAGCUACUUGAUUUUUAUGAAAAGUACUUUGAUAUCUACUAUCCACUCUCCAAACUGGAUUUAAUUGCUAUUCCUGACUUUGCAUCUGGAGCCAUGGAAAAUUGGGGCCUCAUUACAUAUAGGGAGACGUCACUGCUUUUUGACCCCAAGACCUCUUCUGCUUCCGAUAAACUGUGGGUCACCAGAGUCAUAGCCCAUGAACUGGCACACCAGUGGUUUGGCAACCUGGUCACAAUGGAAUGGUGGAAUGAUAUUUGGCUUAAUGAGGGUUUUGCAAAAUACAUGGAACUUAUCGCUGUUAAUGCUACAUAUCCAGAGCUGCAAUUUGAUGACCAUUUUUUGAAUGUGUGUUUUGAAGUAAUUACAAAAGAUUCAUUGAAUUCAUCCCGCCCUAUCUCCAAACCAGCAGAAACUCCGACUCAAAUAGAGGAAAUGUUUGAUGAAGUUUCCUAUAACAAGGGAGCUUGUAUUUUGAAUAUGCUCAAGGAUUUUCUGGGUGAGGAGAAAUUCCAGAAAGGAAUAAUUCAGUACUUGAAGAAGUUCAGCUAUAGAAACGCUAAGAAUGAUGAUUUGUGGAGCAGUCUGUCAAAUAGUUGUUUAGAAAGUGAUUUUACAUCUGGUGGAGUUUGUCAUUCGGAUCCCAAGAUGACAAGUAACAUGCUCACCUUUCUGGGGGAAAAUGCAGACGUUAAAGAGAUGAUGACUACGUGGACUCUCCAGAAAGGAAUCCCCCUGCUGGUGGUUAAACAAGACGGGCGUUCACUCCGACUGCAACAGGAGCGCUUCCUCCAGGGAGUUUUCCAGGAGGACCCUGAAUGGAGGGCCCUGCAGGAGAGGUACCUGUGGCAUAUCCCAUUGACCUACUCCACAAGUUCCUCUAAUGUAAUCCACAGACACAUUCUAAACUCAAAGACAGAUACUCUGGAUUUACCUGAAAAGACCAGUUGGGUGAAAUUUAAUGUGGACUCAAAUGGUUACUACAUCGUUCACUAUGAGGGUCAUGGAUGGGACCAACUCAUUACACAGCUGAAUCAGAACCACACACUUCUCAGACCUAAGGACAGAGUAGGUCUGAUUCAUGAUGUGUUUCAGCUAGUUGGUGCAGGGAGACUGACCCUAGACAAAGCUCUUGACAUGACUCACUACCUCCAACAUGAAACAAGCAUCCCCGCACUUCUCAAAGGUCUGAGUUACUUGGAAUUGUUUUACCACAUGAUGGACAGAAGGAACAUUUCAGAUAUCUCUGAAAACCUCAAGCAUUACCUUCUUCAGUAUUUUAAGCCAGUGAUUGACAGGCAAAGCUGGAGUGACGAGGGCUCAGUCUGGGACAGGAUGCUCCGCUCGGCUCUGUUGAAGCUGGCCUGUCACCUGAACUAUGCUCCUUGCAUCCAGAAAGCUGCUGAACUCUUCUCUCGGUGGAUGGAAUCCAGUGGAAAAUUAAAUAUACCAACAGAUGUUUUAAAGAUUGUGUAUUCUGUGGGUGCUCAGACAACUGCAGGAUGGAAUUACCUUUUAGAGCAAUAUGAACUGUCAAUGUCAAGUGCUGAACAAAACAAAAUUCUGUAUGCUUUGUCAACGAGCAAGCAUCAGGAAAAGUUACUGAAGUUAAUUGAACUAGGAAUGGAAGGAAAGGUUAUCAAAACACAGAACUUGGCAGCUCUCCUUCAUGCGAUUGCCAGACAUCCAAAGGGGCAGCAAUUAGCGUGGGAUUUUGUAAGAGAAAAUUGGACCCAUCUUCUGAAAAAAUUUGGCUUGGGCUCAUAUGACAUAAGGAUGAUCAUCUCUGGCACAACAGCUCACUUUUCUUCCAAGGAUAAGUUGCAAGAGGUGAAACUAUUUUUUGAAUCUCUUGAGGCUCAAGGAUCACAUCUGGAUAUUUUUCAAAUUGUUCUGGAAAUGAUAACCAAAAAUAUAAAAUGGCUGGAGAAGAAUCUUCCGACUCUGAGGACUUGGCUACUAGUUAAUACUUAAAUGGUCAAUAGACAAAGUAGGCCGGGCGCAGUGGCUCACGCCUGUAAUCCCAGCACUUUGGGAGGCUGAGAAGGGCGGAUCACAAGGUCAGGAGAUCAAGACCAUCCUGGCUAACACGGUGAAACCCCGUCUCCACUAAAAAUACAAAAAUGUAGCCAGGCGUGGUGGCAGGCGCCUGUAGUCCCAGCUACUCGGGAGGCUGUGGCAGGAGAAUGGCAUAAACCCAGGAGGUGGAGCUUGCAGUGAGCCAAGAUUGCACCACUGCACUCCAGCCUGGGUGACUGAGCGAGACUCUGUCUCAAAAACAAAAACCAAAAAGAAAAGAAAAGAAGAGGUACAUCAGACAUGACUGCCUGCAUGAAGUCAAACAAGGUAACACCAGCAAAGCUCAAGUCAAGAGCUGUGGAUAUUUUGUCUAACAAACAAGAAGUCUCAAGAAAUCAGACAGUGCAGCUGCCUGCUCUCAGCUAUCAUAUCCAGCCAAAAAAUGCGUGAUGAUGGAGUGGUGGGGGAAGUGCAGUUCAGUAUCCUAUUUAAAAGUAAACUUCCUGAAUAAUGGAUAUAUGUGGAGAUACACACAUAGAUAUAUAGAUAUAGCUGUAAUUAUUUAGCCUCAAGUGACUUUCUCCAUUGCUUCAUGCUAUGCCACUAUUUUGCUUCUUUAAUUUUUUUUAACCUUGCUUAGUAUUCUAUAGUUUGCCCAACCAGUUUUACAUCCGAGGAAAAUUAGCCAAUGCAUAAAAGAUACAAACUAUGAAAGGCAAGGAUCAGGAAACCAGAGACUUUGUCACCAAAUCUCAGAUUAUUAGAAACUAGGUGUCAGGGCUUAUCAAGAAGGUCAGGAAGGCCUUUUGGGUUAAGCCUUACAUUCAUGAAGAACCUCAAGGGUAGAUUUUUGAGACCGUUCCAAAUGAAUGGUCUCUGGUCAAAUGAAUGAAUGGUCAAAUGAAUAAAUCUGCCCUCACAGAGAUACAAGAGGGAAAGGAAUAUAA